AUGAAGAGAAGACUAGAAGGGGAAGUCCAAGAAGAUGCGGUACUGAUAUCACCGAAAAAACCAAGGAUUGGGCUCACGGAAGAAGAAAUAAGGGCGCUUGGUAGAGCUAUGAAACAGGAGGUAACAGGGGGUACAUACAGAUUGUUAGCGUGGGACGGUAUCACUAGAAAAUAUGAGAAGGAUGGGGCGAAAAUAGAAAUAGAAGAAGAUAAAUAUAAAAGAGUAGAUGAAGAGAAUAAAGAGAGAGAGGACGAAACUGAGGAGGAGGAAGCCGAGGGAGAAAGGGAGGAGGAGAGUGCUAAGUGGAAGAAGGCUAGUGAAGCUUUGAAGGCGGGGGUGGAAGCGGGGGCUGGAGAGACGAAAAUAAAGGCACAGGUGGUAGAAGAAGGGAAAGAAGAGCAGAAGGGUGAACUAAUGCUGAUCCAAAUAGAAGAGGAACCAGGAAAGGAUGGAUCCACUCCCAUGCCAGGCAGCUCAUCUUUAGCCGAUUUUUCAUCGGAAGAAGAGUCUCCAGUAACUACGUCGGCAACAUCUUGA